AUGGGAGACCAUGUUGAAGAAUAUGAACCUCUUUGUGAAGUUCAAAGUGAUAAAGCAACUAUAGAAAUAACAAGCCGCUAUAAAGAGAAAGUUUCCAAGAUUCUGCAUGCUCCUGGUGACAUUAUAAAGGUUGGAGAAACUCUAUUACAAUUGGUGGUUGAUGAUUCUGCUGUUCCAUUUAAUGAUUCUGAUGCAUUAGUAGUUUCUGAUGGAUCAAAGUCUGAUGAACACAAGCUAGAGCUCAGAAAGAGUCAUGCAAAUGACAAUUUAUCCACCCCUGCUGUUAGAAGUCUUGCAAAGCAACAUGGUAUUGAUUUAGCUGAUGUCACUGGAAGUGGUAAACAUGGAAGAAUAUUGAAAGAAGAUGUUCUAAAAUAUGGUCUAGAAAAAGGAAUUAUUGAUGACAAACCUGCUUUUAAUCCUACUUCUAUCGAACCCAUGUCUGGACCUGAAGAACAACUUCAAGAGAUGGCUGAAUCACUUUAUCAUGAUAAGAUAUUCUCUCUAAGGGCUUAUCAGCGUGCAAUGGUUAAGUCAAUGACUGCAGCUGCUAGUGUUCCUCAUUUUCUUUAUGUGGAAGAAAUAAACUGUGAUGGGCUUAUGAAACUUAAAUCAGCUUUCCAGAAAGAGAAUACUGAUCCAGAUAUUAAAUUCACAUUCCUUCCCGUGUUAAUAAAGUCAUUAUCCAUGGCAUUGACCACACAUCCAUUAGUCAACAACACCUUCAACUUGGAAAAUUAUGAAGUCACUCUAAAAGGCUCUCACUACAUUGGAAUUGCCAUGGCCACACCUUCUGGACUAGUUGUAGCAAACAUCAAGAAUGUUCAAUCUCUUUCCAUAUUGGAGAUAACUAAGGAACUAUCGCGUCUAAUAAAGUUAGCAAUGGCAAAAAACAGAGACAAAUUGUCUUAA